CCGUUUCCUCCUCUAUAAAAGCCCACAACGGAGAAUAGAACCCCCACAUGAACGUGAGGCGUCCCCCCAUCCGCCGUCUUCCCUCUCUUCUCCCGGUCUCCGCCUCAGUCUUCCUUUACGCAUUAACCAUUCUCAAGUCGGAUUCCUUUACGCCGCCGUUGGGCUAUCGGAAUAUCUGGCGGCGAUCGGUUCGUUGAAGUUUGCCGGCGAGCGACAGAGUGGCUUCCGGUAAUGGUUUCGAAGGAGGGCGAAGCUGGCUGGAGGGGAACAGAGCUCUCCGGCGCUUCCUGUGAUAAGUCUGUCCCGAGCUUACCGGCGAGAAGGGUUUUGAAGUACCCGCUACACAAUUUCUCUUUUCCGACGAGGAGUUGGGGCUGUCAUCGGGUUUUCCGUUGCGUUAACUCCGUCGCAGAAACCGGGCUUUCGAGCACUGCACUGAUGGAUAUGGAGACCAGAAGGGAUAACCAUGGCGGGAAGCUACAGAACAGUUCGCCUCCGGAAGGUGGAUCCAGUGAGAAGGAGGCUUCUGCUUCCGCCGUCGCUACGGUUGCGACGACUGCGACUAUGCCGUGGAAUCUUAGGAAAAGGCGUGCGGCGUGCUUCUCUCCAGGGGAGAACGGCCGAAAUCGGUGCCCUAGCAUCUCUCCUUCUCACUGUCAGUUUGGAAGGGGUAAUCCAGGAAAAGCCGAUCAGAUGUUGGAGGGCGGGGAUCAGGUGCAGCGGCGGAAGUUCUCCAUAUCCCUUUCGCGUGAGGAAAUCGAAAGGGAUUUAUACGUGCUCAAGGGAACGAAACCUUCUCGAAGGCCUCAAAAGAGGCCUCGGAUUGUGCAGCGAAAACUCGAUGAGCUCUUCCCUGGCUUGUGGCUGGAGGAGGUUACAUUGGAUUCAUACAAAGUAGACGAGUGAGUAAGAUGAAUCAAACAAUGUGCCUUAGGAUGUCAUCUUGGUGAAAAGUUUUUGGCUUACUUCAAGUUCUGCCUACUUCGUAGACUUAUGACCUUUAUGUGAAUGGUUCUGUAGAAUGCCAUAUCAAUCUGUAAAUUUGACAGGUUGCAGAACUUGCUUGCAUUUUGGUCAGAUUAGCUCCCACAUGUUUUUCUUUGUUUUUUGAUUGACUAAUUUCGGCCUAAUUUCGGCUUCAUUCUCUUAAACGCCCGUUCAAGUUUAGCGUUAUUGGUUGGAGGACCGACUAGAAUAAAUGUAAUAACACUGGCAUUUUAUUUUGUUACAAUAAUUAUAAGUUCUGUUAUAGGAUAUAUUACAUUUCGUUGGUCAUAUGUAAUGAACUAGUUUGUGCAUUUGAGCCUAGUAAGCAAAAUUUAAAAGGC